AUGGAUGAGACAAACAUUCUCCCGUCUGUGACCUUGGAUGGAGCAUCUAUUCCAAGCUCAACGCUGUCUGCUAAUGUUGACCCAUCCAAGCUCUCGAAGACCGUCCUCGACUACAUAUUCGCAGUUGCAGCGGUAACUCUCAUCGCGUUCCUCUCUGGCUGGCGAUACGCAUACCUCCGCCGCCGCUCCCUCCCCCUCCGAUUCUUCUUCCGCGGAUCCGCCCACCGCGCAAAACAUCCUCAACUUCCCACCAUAACCCGACCUUCCUCUUCCAGAUUAAGCUCUCUGCCUGCACUUCCUGCGCAAGCGUAUGUAUGCUCGCGUGCCCGUGCAACGGGCGGACGGGGCGGGGUGGGGGAUCCAGGCAGCCUGAGCGAAGAAAAGGAAGAGCUUCCUGCGUACGAGGACACCAGAAUCGGCCGCCCGCCGGGUUACGUCGAUGUCGGGCUGCAUGAUGUGCACGCGAACAUGGGGGCCGUCAGUUUGGCACCGCCGGCGCGUCCGCGCCCGGGUGCUCCUAUAGCAGAAGAAAAUACAUGA